CAUGUUCUCUCUGGACCAGUUUCUCCAUCAUCAGCACCACAACCAUCCUCCUCCUCUUCCUCCUCCUCUGUGUGUGGAGAGAAGCAGCAGCAGACUCCUCUUCAGCCUCCUCUUCCUCCUCCUCGUCUGCCUCCUCACACUCGCUACUGGUGUUUUUUAAAAAUGUCGGAGGAAGAACCAAACAUGUCGACAGGGAGGAAAUCAUUGUUAAGUGAAAACACGCUUUUUGGGAUGGGAAACCCCUUGCUGGACAUCUCAGCUGUGGUGGACAAAGAUUUCCUUGACAAGUUUGGACUGAAGCCCAACGACCAGAUCCUCGCUGAAGACCGGCACAAGGCCUUGUUUGAGGAAAUCGUCAAGAGGAACAAAGUUGAAUAUCACGCUGGUGGCUCAACCCAGAACUCAGUGAAAAUUGCUCAGUGGAUGAUCCAGAAGCCCCACAAGGUGGCCACCUUCUUCGGCUGCAUCGGCACCGACGGCUUCGGGGAGAUCCUGAAGAAGAAGGCCGAGGAGGCCCACGUCGACGCCCACUACUACGAGCAGAACGAGGAGCCGACCGGUACUUGUGCCGCCUGUAUCACCGGAGACAACAGGUCCCUCGUUGCUAACCUGGCAGCGGCAAACUGCUACAAAAAGGAAAAACACCUGGACUUGGACGGCAACUGGGAGCUGGUGAAGAAAGCCAAGGUCUAUUAUAUUGCGGGAUUUUUCCUGACUGUGUCCCCGGAGUCGAUCCUCAAAGUGGCGAAGCACGCUUCAGAAAACAACAAAAUCUUCAGCGUCAAUCUCUCUGCACCUUUCAUCAGCCAGUUCUUUAAAGAGCCGUUGAUGAUGAUCAUGCCUUACGUCGACAUCCUGUUUGGCAACGAGACGGAGGCGGCCACGUUUGCCAAAGAGCUGGGCUUUGAGACGGAUGACAUUGCAGAGAUCGCCAAGAAGACCCAGAACCUCCCCAAGGCCAACGGGAAGAGGCAGCGAGUGGUGGUCUUCACUCAGGGCAAGGACGACACUGUCGCCACUGUUGGUGAGAAGGUGACCACGUUCCCGGUUUUGGACAUCGACCAGAACGACAUCGUGGACACCAACGGGGCAGGAGACGCCUUCGUGGGAGGGUUCCUCUCGGCGCUGGUCCAGGAGCAGCCGUUGGAGGAGUGCAUCCGGGCCGGUCACUACGCCGCCAACGUCAUCAUCAGACGCGUCGGCUGCACUUUCCCAGAGAAGCCCGGCUUCCACUGAUGCAGCCGAGCUCCGCUCAAUUGUCGUUUCCAUAAGCUAUCUGGAUAUGUUUGCCUCAUGUGGAGUUUUCUAUUUACAGACUGCAUGGGACUAUGUGCCUCAGGUUGGUUAUUUUGUCAAGCUCGAAUAAGCAGCUCACAUGUUCUAAGUCAGACACUGUGUUCAUAUCAAAUGUUGGGAUAAUAUUGUCAUAUUUAAAGGAGCAUUCCACUGAAAGUAUUAAAAUACCAACGCCCGUUGGCCUGAGAGGUGGAAACUUUACUCCUUCAGCAUAAUCAAGAAGUACAUUAUUCAGCAUCGUAGGUUAAAAAAGUUUCCACGGAUGUGUGGCUCUGAAAAGUCGGAUUCUAGCUCCUUCGUGUAGGAGUUACAAUCAUUAAACACCCAUUGAAAUUUC